CAAUCCCAAUACGCAUGCCAAUACUCCUUUACACUCGUCUACGCCAUCCUUAACUAAUGCCCGCUCUAAGAUUAAUAGUGAUAGUCUUCUGCAUUUUCAUUGAUGUAUUGUCAUUAAUUGUUUCUGCUGUGGAUCCGUAUCCUUCAUGUCCUGGUGCAAACCCAUCGCAACCGUGUUCUGCCAGUUCAGUCUCUGCGCUCGAAAAAAUGCUGCCACGGAAGUACCUGCUGCAUGAUGUCAACCCUGGUGAGGGUUUCAACUUGAGAAGAGAUGUCUACAUGAGAGUUGCAAGGCUUGUAGCAGCACUUAAUGCAGAUUCUCAUCAGGAAAAAUGGACGCUGGUUUUGCCGCCGUGGGGUCCAUUAUACCAUUGGCGCAGCAAAGAUGUAGGUUCACAAAGCAAGAUCAGAUGGGAAGAAUUUUUUGAUAUAAACAGCUUAGCUGGCUAUGUGCCUGUCAUGGAAUUUGAAGAUUACAUCCACAGCAUAGGAAAACUUAUUGACAAAAUAUUCUUCCUUCAACACUAUCCAAGCACAUUUACCUCGUCCACAUGGGUUGAAAAAUACGAAGAAAGUCCAUGCCUUGAGGAAACUGGCUACUAUGAAGAGAGCGAUGGAGAAUACAGUGGCUGGUUUUGGGGCUAUUACGAUGUCACAAGCAAGGAAGUUGCUUGCCUUUAUGUCCAAGGGUCUGGCUCCACAUUGAAACCACUGCUUCAAGAGCACUCAAACUACACUGCCAUCAUGCUAGAUCGUGCUGAAGUUAUCCUCCAUGAUAAUUUCGGGGACCCAGUUUACUGGGAGAUAAGGCGAAGCAUGCGGUUCUCAAAGAGACUUCGUGAUGUGGCAGACAAGUUUCGCCGAGACUUCCUGAACUCGGAUGAGGAAAGGGAUGGCACAGUGCUUGAGGAAGACUGGAAAGUUGUUGCCAACCGUACAAAGCAUGCCCUGGGUGGCCCAUAUCUCGCAGUUCAUCUCAGGCGCCAGGACUAUGUGAAGAGCCGUCCCAAAGAUGUCCCUGACCUCAAGUGGGCAGCAGAACAGAUCCAAGUGCUGCUUGAGAAGCAAGGCCUGAAGAAGGUGUUUGUUGCAACUGAUGCAGGCGAUGAAGAAUUCCAAGCACUGAAGACAUACCUCCCUGAAGCUGUACGGUUUGAGCCCAGCAAGGAACUUCGGAAAGAACUCAAAGAUGGUGGGCUUGCAAUUGUUGAUCAGUGGAUAGCAGCGCAUGCAAGAGAAGUACAUCCCCAGUGGCACAUGCCAAGUUACCCUGGUUGGCAUCACAAUGGUUCAUUGAAGACCAGCACAGACCGAAUGCUCCCAGUCGGCAUCACAGACUUCCUUCGAACAGCAGUGCCUACCCAGUCCUGCACUUGCAGUGACCCAUGUCAGCGUGAAAGAGGUUCGUUGAAGAGGGGUACAUAUGUACACACUAGCACAUACUUGGUGACUCAAGUUGGUCUGAUGGUUGCUUUCGAACCUUGUUCCCUCAGCACAGCAGCUCAGUGCUUUAACUAUUCAACUGUAGACUACACAGUGAGCCAGGUUGGCAGGAAAACGGUUAGGUACAAACAUACUUAGACCAGGUGGAUACAUAGCUCCCGGAAAGUUCUUUAAGUACCCUAACAAUACUGACGCAUGAAUAUAAGCAGGGCUUUGUUAUUAAUGCCACCCACUGACAGGAUAUUGCCGUUCUUUUUAAGUACUAUUCAAAAAUUUAUUCGGGGGAUCUAUUCAUUGAAAGACAUUGCAGCUAUUCAAGUGUGCUUUUGGGUUUGAAGCAAAGGUGUUGCAGGGCCCCUUUAAGCUCUACUGUCCUGCCGCUUGUAUACCCCGCAACAGCAAUGGACUGUCUGCAUGAUUCCCUAUGUAACUCAUUGCACAGUGCACAACUCGCUCCAGUCACAAUCAGAUAAUGGCACCUGGGAAAGUCUGCAUUCAUAAUACUGAACGGGACGACCAAGGAAAUGGCACAGAAGAAUAAAUGAUACAGCGAUGGGUGAAUCAUGACAGGGAAGAAGGGCUAUGUUGCGUUAGCUGGAGCAAGAAAGGCAAAGUAAGCAAAAGCAGAAUUUUGAUAGCAGGCCCACAAAAGCAUGAGGAGCUGACCUUUGUCUACAGCAGGAUAGCACUAAGGGUGGUGCAGCAAAAGCCACUAGACACAAGUGAGUAUAGUGCAUCCCUGUGAGCAUCAGGAGCACCUUAGCUUGGAGUGCGAGUAUCAGAAAUCACCUGUGCGAAUUCCUGGACAGAUUUCAAAUGUGCGACUGGCUUUGGCACCAAAACAAUGUGAAGCCUGUUUGUUUUAAAGUGUGUCAUAAUGCUCUUGGAUAUAGUAUUUUCUGGCAGACAUGGUUAAGUUCCAUAUCUCUGGAACCUGCCAAGCAUCGCUUUGUAGCCAAGACUCCACCACACAGUGUACCGCUAAACUGCCUGCUAUACCCGGAUUGAGUGGCUGAGCAUAUUUGCAAGUGACUUUGCGCCUUUCCAUGCUUGCUGUUGCUUUGCAAACAGUGACACUUCGGUACAAUUAGGUGUAAAGGGGCCCAUUGAAAAGAUUCCAACCAAUGUCCAAAUGAUGGUUAAAGGGAUACCAAAGGAAAUUUUUGUGUUUAGGUUAUUUCCUCACAAAAUAUUGAAUUUAGACUGCCCACGCUAUAUUUAGCAGUGUUUGUGUUCACUUAAGCAGAAAUUUCUCAAAUAGCACAGGUUGAAAAGCAUUUGUACCUCCUGCAUAAUGCUACAAGCCAAUCGCAAAGGAGGUGCUGGUGAUAUUUAUUGCAGUACACUUUAUAGAAGCUGCAUGGUGCCUACAGUGUGGCUAGGCUUCAUGACAUGUGCUUACACGAUAACGUAAAAGAUGGAGGUGGACAAGAAAAUGCCUGAAGUACUCGGCACACAGCUCUUUCCUUGAGUGAAAUCACUCCUGAAAUAAGUAGCAUAUAAGACACCGGUGUUAGAGGUAGUGUUGGUUUUGCAUGGACAAGGAUGCCAGCUUAAAGACUAGUUUAUUCUAGUGUAUACUGUUAUGGGCCAAGAAUGAAGAAGACGAGUAACAGUAAAAGAGAAGGACGAAGUGAAGUUGACUCUAUUGUGCAAAGUUUAGUGCAAUAUGUAGUGUUUACACCAUGGUGUGCUCUCAUAGUAUUUAUUUUGGUGACAGUGGUGGGAUUGGACAUGAUGAAGAUACUGAAGGACAAAAUGGAGUGUGCUAGAGGAAGCACAGAAAGAACUUGACUGCAAGCAACAAUAUAAGUUAGAAGAGCUGCUCCUGGAAUUGUCCAGCCUUCCUGUAGCCUACGGUUUGCUGCUGCGAACAAGGAAAAACAAGCAAUUAGUGAAAUAAUGGUCUGCGAGGUGCCACAUGAAUGAUAAAGAGCGCGAGGCAGACCAGCUCAACUAAUGUGAAAGUGCCGUUGAAGGAACAAGUUGUCAGGAGGAAUUUUAGAGCCAAACAGAUGUGUCACAUGCAACCACUGCUGAGCAGUGCCAUGAAAAUUUCCAUACCAAGGACCAGUUUCUGCUGGGCCUAUAUACAAAGCAGAAGUUCUACACCAGAAGAUCUACACCUACCUUGAAGACAAGAAAGCUUUUUCCCCCAACCAGCUUGGAUUUCGACAGCACCUUUCGGCUGUCACACAGUUGAUAGAAACGUUGAUAGAAACGAUCAAUGAUUUUUCAGCUUCCUUGAACAAUAGAAAUCAGGUCAAUGCUAUAAUUUUAGAUUACUCAAAGGCUUUCGAUCUGGUCGUACAUAACGAAUUAAUAAACUGAUGGAAAUUAAUAUAAAUUAUGAUCUUGUUAUGUGGAUCUGCUCAUAUCUUACAGAUUGGACUCAAUACGUUGAAAUAGAUGGUAACAAAUCUAAGCAAUUAAAUAUAACGUCAGGCGUUCCACAGGGAUUCGUUUUAGGACCACUACUUUUUCUAGUUUACAUAAAUGAUAUUGCUCAUCACAUAAGUAACGACAUAACCGUCCGGUUAUUUGCAGACGACUGUUUAUUAUAUCAUGAAAUCAAUAACCAAAACCAUCAGGCGUCACUUAGUCAAGCCCUUAAAACUGUAGAAGUCGGGGUCGGAAAAUGUAAAAUGAAAAUUGGUGAAUCUAAAUCAGUCAUGCUCAGAGUUACAAACAAAACAAAGCAUGUUAUUGAGUGUAAUUAUGAGAUGAAUUCAACAAUUCUAACUGAAGCUGAAAUAUAAUAUACCUAGGUUUAACAAUUUCGAAAGACUUCAGUUGGAAAUCACACGUAGACAGAAAUUGUGGAGCUGCAAAAAAAAAGUUAUGGUUCCUUCGCCAAAAAUUAAAGCUAGCAACCACACCCAUCAAGCUACUUGCAUAUUUAACUAAUAUAUUAGACCUACGUUAGAGUAUGGCAGUGUCAUUCGGGAUUUGUUUCAAUCAGGAUUAAUAAACUGCAUUUAGAAGAUACAGAGAAAAUCAGCAAGGUUCAGUCUUUCCCGGUAUUAUCGUACUGACUCUAUUUCUGAAAUGCUUUGGUUGCUUGAUUUGCCUCCACUGGCUCAAGGGCUGAAGUUGGCUAGACUUAAAUUUCUUUUUUUGUUAUCAAAAGGCCACUUCAAUAUUGCAGCCACACCCUAUCUUGCUCCCAGGCAGGCUAGAAACAUCAGGUCAAGCAAUCAUUGCAUGUUCUCAAUUCCAAAAGCGUAUCUGGACAUUUACACUUAUUAAUUUUUUCCACGAACGAUUAAGGAAUGGAACAGUUUGCCGGCGCCUGUUUUGCAGUUGAGUAGCAUUAAAGGCUUUGAGGAACGCGUUGAAAACCUUUUAUGAAAUUGAAUCUUAUUGGUGUCGUGCAAACGUCACACUGUUCUAGAAUACACACUAUAGUCUUUCUUUUAUGCUGCUUCCGAUAUCACUGUCACAAUGUUACAAACAUGCAUUUCUUAGCCAAAAUAUUGUAUUUGUAUUUGGUUAUUUGUUUUGGUGAUUAAUGCAUUGUAUUUCCAACAUUCAUUGCUUUAUGUCCUAUUUAUGUUUGUAAGGUGUUUACAUUCUUUACGCUUUGUGCAAACUUGCUGUACCCACCCUGUUAUGACCAAGACAGCCAACACUAUUUGAUAAUAAAAUAGUAAGUACCGUAGUUACUCGCAUAAUGAUCGCACUCGCGUAAUGAUCGCACCCCUGAAUUUUGUCGUCAAAAUUUGAUUUUUUUUCUUUCCCGUGCAAUGAUCGCACCCUGAACUUGCCGCAGCGAUAUGUCAUGUGCCAAGUCUAGCUAAUGGCGAUCGCGCUUACCAUCUGUCGAAUGCUACGCGAACGAUUCAAGACAUACCAAGCGACAUACCAAAGACGUACCAUAGAUAUACCAGACAUACCAAGCGGUCUGCAUGCAACCAACAUUCUUAACCAGAUCCCCCAUUUCAUUCCUUUUAUCACUUUCCGCACUUACAUGAGAAAACAAGCUACAACCAAACUUGCCUCGGCUUUUUUAUACCCCAGUCACACGGGCACUCUCAAAGUCCUUUGAACCAAAAUCCUUUACUUCAAGGGAGAAUGUGCACUGUCACACAGGCACAGCAAAGGAGCCCUACUGGAAGGGAGCUUUGAGUCAAAGGAGUGCGUGUUCGUCCUUUGAAACCUCAAGGGAAUACUCUCGAGCCUAGAGGGCGUCGGACAGCAGAAAAAAUAAUCUCUAAAAAUAUGGAAGUUCAAUUUUUACCUCUUCAGAACAAGCUUAUAAGUACUGGAUACUAUUACUCAAGUACUAAACACUUUCAGGACACCCGCAACCUCCAUCUUGAAAGCGCCGGUACAGCAGCGCUGGCACGGCCUGUCGUCAGCCAGCAACAUCGACACAACACGGGUGCCAUGUGCGAUUUGGUUCUUUGGUUAGCGGCUGCUAGGCAUCCCAGUCUCCUCGAAUUUUUUCUGCGCGUCUUCUUCCCUCGUCACUUUUGUUUUGUAGUUCUUUAUUUUACCGCGUUUACACGUACCUGCUGCUGUCUAGCCACAAGGAAUGAAACAAAGCAGUUGAAGCAAGGGCAACAAUGAAUAAUCGAUGCCAACAUGCGGUGUACGAAGCGGUACACAUGGUGGCCAUCAUUACAAUAAAUACAUCUGUAUUUGGUAAAGUAAUGCCUUUACUACGCGUGCAUUUUGUUUUGAUGUUUCUAUGUAUUAGGAAAAAUAAACAUUGCUGAAAAAAAUGUGACAAUAUUAUUAUAUGACGCAUUUGGGCCAUAUUUUUUUAUUACUUUCGAGGCGAUGGCAGCGCUUACGAUACGUUGCGGUUUCGGUUAAAAGCUUCUACGGAGGCUACCUGGAGACCUUGUAGCACCGGCACAUAUCCUUUGAACUAAUGUGCCUUCGAAAGCUCAAUGUUCCUUAACUUCAAAGGUCCUUUGGCAUGCUCGUGUGACUGGGGUAUUAUUUGUAGGCUUCAUAAUGGUUUUGGUCAACAACAACAACAUAAAGGGCGCCUUUCGAUUCCUCUCGUCUGCACUCGUGGGCAUGCAACAACUGCACUCGUGGGCAUGCAACAAAUUGCGAGCGGCAACGAUAGUGGCCACGUUUACACUGAUAUGUUAGAAGUGUACCCUAUCCAUACGCUGACGCUUGUAAUGCAGCUAAGAUAUAUGCCGCAGUUUCCGCAGCAUGCCCACCAUGUGUUUCUAUGUCACUGGCAGCUAAGCGCGCCCAUCUCUGUUUCUGUCCCCUCAAAGUGGACAUGACUAUGUUAUUGUCUCAGACUUGCCAAUAUGAAUGGUAUUAUUUAUUAGUGAUACGGAAGAAACUGUUUCGAUGUGCGUAAUGUACUCGCGAAAAGAAAAAUCAUUGCAUUCAGCGCUUUCGGCUUGCUCCGCCGGCCGUUGUUUAUGUUUUCGUGUCCCGCACUGACAGCGGCAGCCGCCUGCUUGUCAUCCCAGAGCAAAUGCGGUAUGAAAAAAGAAAAUGUUUCUUUUCGUGGGAAAUUUAACCCGCAUAAUGGUCGCACCCCUGAAUUUGCAUCAAUCUUUUUCAACAAAAAAGUGUGAUCAUUAUGCAAGUAAAUACGGUACCACUUGGCAUCAACACACUUGCAAGAGACAUUUGACAGGAGUCAUCACAGUAUCACAGCCUGCCAUCAUUUGUUUUCUGUACACCUCUCAACAUGUAAAAGAUUAUUUUUGCUGAA